AUGGCGAAUGCCAAAGACUCCAAAAUUCCGUUGGAUCCGGGAUAUAUCAAACAGGAAAGGAAGGAGGCGCCGUUGUCCGAUAAUCAAGCGUACCAGAAGGUAAUUGGUCAACUUCUCUACCUUUCAGUCAACACCCGACCGGACAUAUCAGCAUCGGUGUCCAUUCUGAGUCGCCAUACCAGCUGCCCCACGCAAGGAGAUUGGAACGAGGUCAAAAGGGUAAUCCGCUACCUGAAGGGAACCAGCCACUAUCGUCUUCGAUUGAGCAGAGCAGAAGAUAGGACCGGACUGAUAGGAUACGCUGACUCGGAUUGGGCGGGAACAUUGAAGACCGGAAGUCCAACAGUGGCCAUGUCUUCAAGUUUUGUGGAGGUACCAUAA